AUGGCUUCAGCUGGUAACCUCCAAACCACCGCCUAUGUUCCGCCCGGUUGGUCAGUUAAACUUUUGGACAUACCUAUGCUUGGAGGCUAUCUCAAUGCCAUAAGUCAAGCCGCAGCUUACGGAUCUGCUCUUGAGGAUAACGCAGAUUUCAUCUCAAAAGAUCUCUCAGUUGGCGAUGGAAGCAAAUGGAUUUGUCGAAAGGUCGGCGUAAAGUGA